AUGGGGUGCGCAGAGCCUGGUGAAUACAGAGCCCCGAAAAACCGUGCCCUUAAAGACUAUCAUUGGUUUUGCAUUGAUCAUGUACGAGAAUACAAUGCUUCCUGGAACUUUUACCGAGGCAUGAAAGCGGAUGAACUAGACGCGCACUGGAUAUCUGACAUGACGUGGCAACGCCCCAGUUGGCCCUUAGGGGCUUCUGCUCCUUCCUACCGACGUUUCGAGUCCAUCCUCCACAACCGAUUUCUUUUUGAGGAAGAUAAGCAAGAGGACCAUGCGCACCAAGAAAACGAACCCAGACAAAAAUCAUACUUCCCCCCUUAUAGCGAAGAGGCAAAAGCACUCAAGCUUUUCGCCCUCCAGCUCCCCUUAUCAAAAGACAAUCUAAGAAAAAAGUAUAAACAACUCGUCAAGCAAUACCACCCAGACCAUCACCAAGGAAAUAAAGACUAUGAGGAACGUUUGAAAAAUGUUACUCAAGCUUAUGGCAUCUUAAAAAAAAUUGCUGCGUGA